CCCGGACGGACGACGGUGGUUCGAUCAGCUCGCGUCUCCAUCUUCAGGAUAUUCGCUAAAUUACCGGAUUGUUUUGGUUCUGGAGAACCUGCGGAGGCGGGAUCCAUUCUGGUGUUCUGGGUUCUGUUUGCUGGAGGCUUCUGUUGCUGAAAACGUUUAAAAAUUAAAAAGGUGGCGCCGUGGCCUCCACAGAUGUGGCUUCUACCUCCACCCUGUCUCCGCUUCAUGAAGGAGGAAGAUGCUUCUCUGAUUGAGCGCCCUUUGAUCGGUCUGGAGGGAUGACAGGACAUUAGCAGACAUGGAGACAGGAGAGAUGCACACACAGCUGCAAACACCAUAUUCACUCAGUUGUCCCCUCUAGACCUUCUCAGGACCACAGAAGAACCUAUUUUUCUAAGAUUUUCUACUCAGAGCUGCUUUUUGAUAGAAACUCUGAAGCCAUAUUGGAGCAGACGUCAGGAUGAGCUCAGAGGGCUUUCAGUACCGAGCGCUGUACGACUACAAGAAGGAGAGGGAGGAGGACAUUGACCUGCAUGUUGGAGACAUGCUGCUGGUCACCAAAGGAGCGCUGCUGUCACUCGGCUGCAGCAACGGAGACGAAGAGCGGCCGUCGGAGAUCGGCUGGCUGCCGGGCGUCAACGAGACCACACAGGAAAAAGGUGACUUCCCAGGCACCUACGUGGAGUUUGUUGGCAGGAAGAGGAUGUCCCCGCCCACUCCGAAGCCCCGCCCACCCAGACCACCAUCAGCGGCGUCUGUGAGGACCGACUCGGAGUCGGAGGGCUUCGUGCUGCCGGACCUCCAGGAGCAGUUCGGACCUCCAGACACCGCCCCGCCUCUCCUCAGCAGAUUGAUGGAGCUCAUAGAGACCAAAGGUUCUGACAGUCCGGCUGUGUAUCGCAGUAUGAGCGGGGGAGUUCUGGACACUCGGCAGCUGGCUGACACCGACCUGGAGCAGCUGGACGGGCCUUCUCUGUGUGACGGUGUGGUCCGGUUCCUGCAGGAUCUUCCUGGUCCCGUCCUGCCCCUCUUGCUGCAGGCUGACAUGAGCCACGCAGUCCAAGAGGUCCGAGACCCAGAGGACUGUGCUCAGAUGCUGCUGGGCGUGGCCAGUUCGCCCGCCUACCCGGCGCAGUACGGCCUGACCCUGCUCAGCGUGGUCCGCCACCUGGCCCGCCUGUGUCUGCAUGGCUCCAAAAAUCAGCUGAGUCCCAGAAUCCUGGCGGAGAACUUCAGCCCGGUGCUGUUCAGACAGCCUGCAGGGUCUGAGUCUGCUCUGGAUCCUCUGGUUCAGGUCCUGGAGGUUCUGAUUACCAGCGAGCUCAACAUGAACCAAGCUGCACCAGCUUUGCCUCCCAAACCUGUAAAGUCUUCAACUCCUGUAGCCUCCAGCAGCUUCAACAACAGCAUCUCUCUGCAGGACGCCGAAUGGUACUGGGGAGACAUCUCCAGGGAGGAGGUGAACGAGAAGCUGAGAGACACCGCCGACGGUACAUUUCUGGUUCGAGACGCCUCCACAAAGAUGCACGGAGAUUACACUCUGACUCUGAGGAAGGGAGGCAACAACAAACUGAUCAAGAUUUUCCAUCGGGAGGGGAAGUACGGCUUCUCCGACCCGUUAACCUUCAGCUCGGUGGUGGAGCUGAUAAAUCACUACAGACACGAGUCUCUGGCCCAGUAUAACCCCAAGCUGGACGUGAAGCUGCUGUACCCGGUCUCCAAACACCAGCAGGAUCAGGUGGUGAAGGAGGAUAGCGUCGAAGCUGUGGGCAAGAAGCUGCACGAGUACCACCUACAGUAUCAGGAGAAGAACCGCGAGUACGACCGACUGUAUGAGGAGUACACCAGAACCUCUCAGGAGAUCCAGAUGAAGAGGACGGCCAUCGAAGCGUUCAACGAGACCAUCAAGAUCUUCGAGGAGCAGUGCCAGACCCAGGAGCGUUUCAGCAAGGAGUACGUUGAGAAGUUUCGACGGGAGGGCAACGACAAAGAGAUUCAGAGGAUCAUGGAGAACUACGACAAGCUCAAGUCUCGGAUCGGCGAGAUCGUGGACAGCAAGCGCCACCUGGAGGUGGAUCUGAAGAAGCAGGCUGCCGACAACCGAGAGAUCGACAAGAAGAUGAACAGCAUCAAACCGGAUCUGAUCCAGCUCCGCAAGACCAGGGACCAGUACCUGAUGUGGCUGACUCAGAAAGGAGUCCGACAGAGGAAGCUGAACGAGUGGCUCGGUCUGAAGAACGAAACCACAGAGGAUGAGUACAGCAUGGUGGAGGAUGAGGAGGACCUUCCUCAUCAUGACGAGCGGCUGUGGCGUCUGGGAAAUAUCAAACGGGUCCAGGCCGAGGCUAUGCUGCGAGGGAAGAGAGACGGAACCUUCCUGGUCCGGGACAGCAGCAGACCGGGCCCCUUCUACGCCUGCUCCGUGGUGGUGGACGGUGAGGUGAAGCACUGCGUCAUCAACAAGACCAGCACCGGUUAUGGGUUUGCCGAGCCUUACAACCUAUAUGGCUCCCUGAAGGAGCUGGUUCUGCACUACCAGCACACCUCACUGGUCCAACACAACGACUCGCUUAACGUCACGCUGGCCUUUCCUGUCUACAGCCAGCAGAGACGGUGACCCCGCCCACCCUCCCUUCACCUGUCACAUCUGGGCGGUCCGGAUUCACGGCUGCGGUUCGGAGACUGGAACCCGCUGGGAAAUUAAAAAUAUUUUACUGUGAAAAUCCCCGAGUGAAGCUUCAACUUCCUGCCAGGAUGAAAUGAGGAAGUCCACCAGAUUCUGACCGGACAGAAAUUAGAAAGCAGACAUCAAGACCGAUCCAGUCCUGAAGAUCAGAGACCAGGACUUCACUCUGCUGCCGGGAUCACAUGAGAACGUUUCGGACCUCUUUUAAGCCCAGGGGCGUGUAGAGUUCACAGCGUUUCUAAUGAGCUCCUCGGGUUUCUGCCUCAUUUAUUCACAAGAAGACGGCAGCAAACUGUCAGAAGGUUCUCAAGAUAAAUCACAUUUUAAAAAAUCAGAGUGAAAUAACCCUUUAAAUAAACAGUGUGGUCCAGAGAUCUGGUUCUGGAUCAGAUUUAUCUUCUGGACACACGGGAGCAAAGAUGGUUCUGAUUGCAUCACUUUUAGCUGCUAUUCAGAGACAUCCCUUUUUCUGGUUUAUUAUAGGAGACGUGACGAAGAACAGAACAGUGAUCAUCAUCAUCACGGUUCCUGAUCUUCUUCAUGGGUUCAUGUUGCUCCUGGUAAACCUUCAUUCAGCCUCUGAAACAUCUCAACCUGCUGAUCAGAUCAUCAAAGCUUCACCUGACGGUGCCAUAGGGCAGUCGCCCUCUGCUGGUCAGUCAAGACAAUGCAGGUUUUAGGUUGGAACGUGUCCCAUGUGAUCCUGACCUCCUUGUGGAGAAUCCAGGUACUGAUCCGUGAAUCCUUCAUCUCCGCCUCAUAAAUCCAGACGUGUUGAGUCAUCAGAACUGAUCAUGCAGUUGAACUGAAACAUGAUGUCAUGACGGGUCGUCCAGAACAUUAGAGAACACUGUGAGCGCUUCAGAACGAGGUUUAAAUCGAACUCAGCAGUUCCCUGCUGUCUGCGGUCACUUCCGGUUUCAUUUUGCCGAGCGGAUCUCCAGGACUCUCCAACGUCCUCCCAGUGGUUGGGAAUGAAACUGUGGGAAAUCAGGGAAAACGCACCAAAAUCUCCGGAAUCAUUUCCACACAUUUUCAGGACUAAAUGUCUCCAUUAAACGUUUGUUUGGAGUUGAGAUAUUUUUCCUUUUUCUGACGUUUUUUCAGAGGAAAACCAGGUACAGAAGCUGAAGCUGUCGUUGUCAUGGAAACCACAUCCUAAAUCUUUGCCUCCAUGGUAUCUGAAAUCAGUGGAUGUUUAAAAAGUCUUCAGGGACUGUUUUCUGUUCUCAGGCGGAAGAAACUCGUGCAUGAAAGUAAAACCAAAGCGGGGAACAAAAACAGAACCGAGCAGAAGAAAUGAAACCUGAGGAUCCGAAGGUCUGGAGAUGCUUCUAAAAGAUCUUCCUCCUCAGAGCUUUUCCUUUAGCACUUGCCGUCUGUCUGUUAUAUUUGAGCAGAGCUUCCUGUAUCCAGUAUGGUCACUGCAGACCUUCAGCAACCAACCUAGAAGAUUAAACUGGAAGCAAACCAGCAGAUCUUCUGCUGUUUGCCUCAUUGUUCUGGAAAGAAUAUAAGAUCUUCUGAUGAGCUGCAGUGACCAACCAACAGCCCUGAACUCCACGUCUGCAGGUUCUUCUAGACUGUUACCCAGAUGUUGUUGCUGGUGCUGCAGAAAACCAUCAGAGGAUGCUGGGCUUUGCUGUUCUGUUGAUCCCAGAGAUCCAAACAUCUCUGAUCUCCAGGCUGCUGAAGAUGCAGCAGCAGGAAGCUUGUUACCUUCUCCAGAUUCAUCUGGCUGUAGGAAAGCAAUUAACAUGGAUCUGUUUAUAUAUGAAAUCUGUUGAACGUUUGGUUUGGUUCAAGAAUUCGUUCAAACCUGGCAGCUCUGCUUUUCUAACGAUAAAUAAUAAAUCAAAUAAGAAGCUCGACAUGAAUUGGCUCUCAAAUAAAAAGUCAGAGGUAUGAAUAAAGUCCACCGGAGCGGUGAGUCUUCAGAUUUAAAUGAUCAUAAAAAGAAAUGAACAUGUUGUAUUCUAACUGAACCUCCCCUCUGUGAUGAAAAAGGAGGUCGUCCUUCCACAGGACUAAUUAGAACAACGUAUAAUUUGGUUUGUUGACUAGAAAAACAUUAAGAUUCACCACUCAAGUCUUUUUUUGUCUUAUGUAGCACAUGUGUCUCAUAUUUAUUCUCUUAAGGUUCAAUAAUCUCAUUUUCUUUUUUACAUUUCAAUUCCUCCUUUAGUUUUCUAGGAGCUUUUGAAGUAAACAGAACCUUUCCGUGCAGCCGGCCCGUGUUUAUCUGCUGUCAGGGAAAAACCAGUCUUUCAGCUGGAUUAUUUUGCACCGGUUCUGGUUAAGUCAAACCUCAUUAUGUUUUAGGAUGACAGCAGACCGAGCCUGUUCAUAAUGAAAUGCACCAAGCUUUCUCUUUUCCAGAGCCUUCCUAAAAAGCGUUUUUCCUUCCACUGUAUUUUCUGUAUCAGAAGUUUGGUUUCUUCUCUUCUUUCGUUUUGUUCUUGCUGUUAAUGUUCACAACAAUAAAGCAAAAGACCUGUGGA